AGGCUAACUGACGGGCAUAAAUUGCAUUUGGACUUGGGCGUUCUUUUAGUCUCGUGAUAUGAGGAAAUAAAAAGUGCUGGGCAUGGGCAGUUAGUCACGGGUGAUCACGGCACAGCACGGUGUAAAUACAAGUUACAAAAGGUCUUUUAAAGGGAAAAUAAACAUGGACUUUAGAGUUGGCUUCGUUAUUUUGCUCUGCUUAACGGGACUCACCUGUGCGGAUCCAGUCAAGUACAUCGACUGUGGCUCAUCUUCAGGCAAAGUGACCAUUGUGGACAUUAACCCCUGUGCCACUCAGCCUUGCCAGCUACACAAAGGACAGUCAUACAGUGUCAAUGUGACAUUCAACAGUGCUGUGACGAGCAAGACAAGUAAAGCUGUGGUCCAUGGUGUCAUCGCCGGAGUUCCUGUCCCCUUCCCGAUCCCUAUUGAGGACGGCUGUGAGUCUGGAAUCCAGUGUCCCAUCCAGAAGCAGCAGAGCUAUCACUAUGUGAACGCUCUUCCAGUCAAGACUGAGUAUCCUGCGAUAAAGCUGGUAGUGGAGUGGGAACUGAGAGACGACAGUGACAAAGAUUUAUUCUGCAUCAAGUUCCCAGUUCAGAUUGUCGACUAGGUGAUCUGCACGGCUUCGGGGUUUGUUUUUUUUUUUUCUAUUAAGGGAAUAUGACUCGUAAAAAGUAACUGUAAAUGAUUCUACACCUAAGUCCUUGUUUUAUUCACUCAUCAAAUAGAUUUUAAGAUUCACAUCUUUGCCAUGUUUGACUGCACCGCACCCAGUCUGUUUCAAGUUGUGGCCAUGAACAAACAUGCAGUAAACCGUUAUAUUAUAACAACUCUAAUUCAGGAGCUACAUCCCAUUACGGUGCAAAUGUCUUACUGGCUGCUAUGUAGUCUGAAUUUACACAGCAAACAUUUUUUGAUGCUAACACUUUUGUAAUUUCUUACUAACUUUGAUUUCAGACGUGAACGUACAAAUGAAAUAUGAAAAUAAAAACAAUGUCCUUUUGUGAAUAUAACUGAAAUGCCAAUAAAAUGUUAAAUGAC